AUGGCUACGCCGGUGAGGGGGGCCAAUCCCUCGGACGCAGGCCUCUUGGAUCCAACUGCGGGCGUCCGAUGCCCUCCACCGGUCACUUCCUCUCCUAACUCGAAAAGGGAUAGGGAGACUCGACAACCUAAGAAGAAAGCGAAACAUAUGCGGGAUAAACCGCUUUUUGGUGAGGAAGAUACUACGACACCCAUGUAUGCUCCUAUGGAAGAAGCGGAUAUCAUCCCAGCUAAGGCGACUAGCGAAUCAGUAUGGGAAGGAGGCUCGCGUAAGCUUUUCAGCAAUUUGCAUCAGAAUGAUGAGUGGUAUGUUGCAGAAUCGGAUUCCGAGGACGUAGCUGCCUCCAUGAAAGAAGACGAUCUUGACGAUGAAGUUCCGGAGGACGAGGACCAAUGA